GACAGACGUGGAAUGACUUCACGCCUCUGUCCGUGUAUUUCAAUGGUUUUUACGUGUCGGUUCGUAUCGUGAGUCGCACAGGAGGCCACGGUGUCGUGAUACCAGCCGUUCGAGACCAAACUUUUGCAGAACCGUAACGAAUUUUCCGCGGAACGUUGCCGGAAAACGCGAAGCGGCUGACACAUCAGUCAGAGGAGGCAGGCUGGAUACGGUGAACGAGUACAGGAGCGAGAAGGACAGAGGGUGCGCGUGAAAGGGAGAAAAAGUAGGAAGGAAGAACGGACGGAAGGAGGAGGACACGGCGUGAAAGAGACAGGGGACUGACGUGUGCAGGCGUAUCAGACGGACGUGUGUAGCGGUCGAACGCACCGACGGAAUACGGUAUUGUGCGGUACCCGCGGCGAGUGAACGCGCGCGCGCCUCGCGUCACACAGUUUCCACCGUUCCAUUCAAGAAUGUUUUAAUUACGGGGAGGUGCCGCGGUCCUAGCGAGCCCUUCACGACCACACUUGGAUGAUACGCGAUCGCGUGCGCGCCUUCCACCGGGAGUGAGGAUUAACCGUCUUUUAACGGACGUGUGGUGUGUGUGUGUGUGUGUGUGUGUGUCGCGCCGCGCCAGAGAAAACGUACGGCUGACAGAGAUGCUGAAGUUCAUCAGGGGGAAGGGCCAGCAACCCACGGCCGAGCGACAGAAACUGCACAAGGAUCUUUUCGCCUUUCAAAAGACUCUGCAGCAUGGGUUCCCAAACAAUCCAACGGCCCUCGCCUGGGACCCGAUAUUGCGGCUGAUGAUGAUCGGCACGGCAUCCGGCGCCAUCAAGGUAUUUGGCAGGCCGGGCGUCGAGUUCUACGGACAGCACGUCGACAGCGGAGAGAGAGCCAUCAGGAAGAUCGUCGCCGUUCCCAAUGAGGGCCGACUGGUUACUCUACUGGACAAGUCCGUCCACAUGUGGGAAAUCGACGAGAGCUCGAUCAUCGAGACGCAGAGCUUCUCAUUGGAGGGUAAAUUCAAAGUGUCCGCGAUGUGUUUGGAAUCGAGCGGCGAGAAUCUUCUUCUCGGCACAGAAGCGGGGAAUAUCUAUCUCUUGAACAUGAAGACCUUCACGACGUCCGACAAUAUCAUAUACCAGGAGGUCGUCAUGCAGAACGUGCCAAACGAUUACAAGAAGAAUCCAGGAGCGGUCGAGGCGAUAGCGGAACAACCAGGUGACCCGGACAAUAUUCUGAUUGGUUACAACCGCGGUUUAAUGGUACUGUGGAACAAAGCAACUCCGGGAGCUCAACAGCUGAUGGGUUUGUUUUCGCGUGCGCAGACGUUCGUCUCCACGCAACAGCUGGAAUCGGUGCACUGGGUCUCCGAGACUCGUUUUGUUUCUUCGCACAACGACGGCUCGUACGCAUUCUGGAGUCCAGGAAGCGAUACCAUGCUGGAAUCCACCACCCCCUAUGGGCCGUUCCCAUGCAAAGCCAUCACCAAGAUUCUCGUCUAUCCGACCAAGGAGCAAGGGGAACUGGUCUUAUUUUCUGGCGGAAUGCAACGGGCCAGUUACGGCGAUCGCGACACCUUCACCGUCAUGUCGAAAGAGAAACACGUGGUCUUCGACUUCACGUCGAAAGUGAUCGACUGCUUCACUGUUUUCCCGAAGCAGGAAGAUGGCAAAGAUGCUUCCGAUGGACCAGAAGCUCUUGUGGUGUUGGCCGAGCAGGAAAUAGUAGCCAUUGACUUGACCAAUCCUGAGUGGAAGAUGAUGGCGUUACCUUAUCUAGUGUCGCUUCAUGCGAGUGCGGUCACCUGUUCGCAACACGUUCCGCACGUGCCCGACGAAUUCUGGGACAGCAUUGUAGCGGCCGGAAAAGCGCAGACAGAGCACCUGUACUCGGACAAACCGUGGCCCAUAGACGGUGGUAUUCUGAGUCCUAAACCGGUCGGUGACAAGCCGAAAGGCAAAGAAUUGUUGCUCACCGGCCACGAGGAUGGAACCGUCCGAUUUUGGGACGCUUCGGACGUCGCCUUGACGCCACUGUACAAAUACAAUUCGUCCAUCUUGUUCACCGGUGAACACCUAGACGUUCUCGAGCAACCGCCGGAGGACGACGAAGACGAGUGGCCUCCGUUUAGAAAAGUCGGCACCUUUGAUCCAUAUUCGGACGACCCGCGACUCGCGGUGAAAAAGGUUCUACUUUGUCCUCUGUCCUCGACACUAGUGGUCGCUGGCACCGCCGGCCACGUGAUCACAGCUAGCAUAUCGUCCGAACCCGUGAACAAAGAGAUCAAAGCUGUCACCAUGAACAUCGUCAAUGAUCGUGACGGAUUCGUCUGGAAAGGUCACGAUCAUUUGCCGGUGAGAACUGCCAGCAUAUCGUUCGCGGUUGGCUUCCAACCGCAAAGUCUUCUUCAAUUGUACCCACCGGCUGCGGUUACCGCGUUGGCUCUGCACAGUGAAUGGGGAUUACUGGCUGCUGGUACCGCCCAUGGUUUAGCGGUAUUUGAUUAUACUAGAACGAAGGCAGUCACUGUCAAGUGCACCCUCAAUCCGAAUGAUCUUUCUGGGCAAGGGGACACGCCGAUUUCUAGACGAAAGUCGUUCAAAAAGUCACUGAGGGAGUCCUUCAGAAGAUUGAGAAAGGGAAGGUCGCAGCGUCGAAUGAACGCCGGAAGUCCGACAAGGAACGCAGUACCGGAAAAGAAAGAAACUCCUAGCGUCGCUUCUUCUCCGAGCGGCGACCUCUCACCAGUUGAAUUAAAGCCUGUGGAAAGACAAGUCGAAGCGAGACCCGUGGACGAUACUCUAGGUUCGAUGGUCCGAUGUUUAUAUUUUGCUAGAAGUUACAUUAUCAGCAUGAGAAACACCACUCCUACACUUUGGGCAGGUACCAAUAACGGUACAGUCUACGUGUUCACGUUAGCAAUACCAGCGGGCGUCAGGAGGACAGAGGAGGAUGUAAAUUGUACAUUAGGCAAAGAGAUUCAAUUAAAGCACAGAGCACCCGUUAUCGCGAUAACGAUACUGGACGGAUCAAACGUACCGCUACCGGAACCAUUUGAGGCUGAAAAAGGCGUGUGUCCCGGCCCCGACAUGGCAUCUGCGCAGAGAGUUGUGAUCGCUAGCGAGGAACAAUUUAAAAUUUUCAAUCUUCCGUCGUUGAAACCGUUCUGUAAAUACAAGCUUACCGCGCACGAGGGCUCCCGAGUACGGAAAACGGGUUUCGCGAAGUUCACGAGUCAUGUGGAACCCGCGGGAUCGCACGAGGAGACAUACUUACUGUGUUUGACCAACCUCGGGGACUGUUUAGUGCUCAGUAUUCCAGAAUUCAGACGACAGCUGAACGCUGCAGCUAUUAAACGGGAAGACAUUAACGGAAUUUCCUCGUUAACCUUCACGAAAGCCGGCGAAGCUUUGUACCUUCACUCAAGUUCGGAACUCCAGCGGAUUUCCCUGUCAGCCAGCAAUGAGACGAAAACGCAUUGCGCGUUGAAUCUACCACCUAACGCCAGAUCGCAUGCUAAUAAAACCGCCAACAACGAAAAAUCCCAGGAACAAGGAGUUGUUGAAGGUACGGCUGAAACAACAGGUGAAACUCAAAGUAGCCAACCGGCUGCCCCAGUACAGAGGACAAUCACCGAGAACGGUGUCGUGGGUUCCACCGGUGGCGAAGAGUCCCCGAAAGAACCGUCUCUACGACCAGCUGCCAGCACCACCGACGUCAACGGCGAAGAUGAUCGUCAAGACUUAAGUUCUAUAGGAGAUAUCACAAUCGAUAGUGUCAAGGAUCAUUUACUUAACAGUUCCCUUUUCAGAAACGCAACGUCUUCCGAAGACCUUCACAGUCGUCUUGCAGGACUUAAGAUGGAGGUGACCUCUCGAACCUCGGAGAUUUCCACGCAGAAUCAGUCGUUGGUGGUGAAGACUACCACCGUUCUUUCACAAACUACCAAUAACACCACCGCCAAUGGGGAAGUCGAGACAAGUCAAACGAACGAAACGCAGCAAAUGAACAGCACUACGGUAGAGAGAGAGAUACGAAGCGGUACUGAGACAACAACGACACAUGCUACCAUCACACUACCCUCAAACGUCGAGAUUAGUGCAGCCGACUUGGCGAACUUGGAAGUAACAACAACUACAGUAACCACUGAGAAGUCGAAAGCACCGUUGGCUAGGCCUGAAGAAGUUGGUUCUUAGAAAUAUCAUUCGAAUCGUUCCCGCGUCCCGAUCAAACAAAUUUUUGAUCGCUCUGAAUAGCCAGAGCCACGAAAUAAAUUAGACGUUUUUACUUAAUGAACUCACACGUGUACACAGCGGCGAUAGGUAGAAUUUAUAUAUCGUAGUUGUUUUUAAAAACUCUAGAUUUGUACGCGGCAUUUAGCGUUAGCCAUAUAAACGAUAAGACGAAGCGAGGAAAUCUUUCGAGUAUUACAAAACGACGAAUCGCUUAAGUUAUACCAACUGCCAAAAUCGUUGACCCGUAUUUUAUUUCUAGUGUUUUCUUUUCUUUUUAAAAAAACUAAAUUCCGUCUUUGUCAUUGCAUUUACAAUAUCUUGACAGCAAAAUUUCGUAUCGAAAAAUUCGACGGUUUAGUGGAGCUAGGCCUAGGUAAUUUUAACAUGAUCCAUUUUAUUUACAGAUAAGCAAGUGAAAUCUUUUGAAAAAAAAAGAUUAGAAUGUUUUUUAACAUUGUUUUAACCGGAUAAAUUGAUGAAAUAUACAGUUUUUUAACGAAACUUUUAUAACCAACCCAGAAUUUGUAAUGUGAAAUCGGUGUGAUCGAGAAACUCUAGUUCAUUGUACAGAUAACACCAAGAUACAUCACAAAUCGUGAGCAUGGCAGCCAUAUUUGUAACGCAACGCGUACGUUGCGGUACGUUGUAUUUCUAAAUAAUAAUAAAAGUAAGAAACAGAGUGACUUAAACCAUCUAUAGUAUUUCGAAUGUUUCAGGCGUGUCGCGAAAGAGAAUGAUAAAGUAAAAAUGUUGUGUAAAAAAAAAA